AUGGCCGUAUCAGCAGUGAAAUGGGCGACAGCAAACAGAACUAUUUUGAAACAUUUAUUUCCAAUCCAAAAGGGAGCUUUAUACUGUGUUUGUCAUAAAUCCACAUACGCUUCUCUUCCAGAUGACUAUAAUUGCAAAGUAGAACUUGCUUUGACAUCUGAUGGCAGGACGAUAGUUUGCUACCAUCCUUCUGUGGAUAUUCCGUGUGAACACACCAAGCCUGUCCCUCGGCCAGGUCCUGUGCAUAAUUAUGGAGAAACACAGGAUCAAAUACUGAAAACCAGGUCAGAAGUGAAAGAUGAACACUUGGAGCAAGGACCCGCGAUAGGACAGCUUCGCAAAAUGCUCUUUACUACUGAGCACCGUUGGUAUCUUUAUGGGCGGUAUCAGACACGUCCUAGGAAACUGAAUCCUCCAAAAGACAGAUGA